AUGAUAAAAAAUAUUAAGGGACCAGAUAAUACAGCUGGACAUUCAGUUAAGUUAUUAACACUCAACACUUGGGGCUUGAAGUUUGUUUCUAAGUUAAGGAAAGAAAGAUUACAAGCUAUUGGUGAUAGAUUAAGUAAACCUACUUCACUCGAUGAAGAUUAUGAUAUAGUGGCCUUGCAGGAAGUAUGGUGCGAGGAGGAUUGGAUUUAUAUAAGUGAUAAGUGCAAAGAAAGAUAUCCAUAUAGAAGAAUAUUUAAGUCAGGAAUUGUUUCAGGACCUGGGUUAGCAAUUUUAUCAAAAAUUCCUAUAGAGUCAACGUUUUUAUAUAGAUUCCCAAUUAAUGGGAGACCUUCGGCAUUCUUUAGAGGGGACUGGCUUGUGGGUAAGAGUAUUGCAAUCACUUUGUUAAAACCACAUACAAAUGAUUCAUUACCAAUUGCUAUUUUGAAUUCACAUAUGCAUGCUCCAUAUGCUCAAACUGGUGAUGCAAGCUAUUCCUGUCAUAGGGCAUGCCAAGCAUGGGAUUUUGCGAAAUUUGUUAAUAUGUUGAGGAAAUCUGGAUAUGCGGUAAUCCAAGUAGGUGAUUUAAACUCCAAGCCUGGCUCAUUACCAUAUAAACUAUUUACAGUAGAUGGGGGAUUGGGAGAUUCAUGGGAGAUUUGUCAUAACAGUAGAAAUAAUUCAAUAAUUGAACCAGAACAAAUAGCGAAGAUGAAUCCAGAGGAGCAAAUACUACAUGGAGGUAUUACUUGUGAUUCCCAGUUGAAUACUUGGAGGGCACAUAGAGAGAGAUGGGAAGCAUGUAGAUUAGAUUAUGCAUUAAUUGAUUCUCAUAAUAUAAAGCCUAUUAAUGCGACUGUUAAAUUUACUGAUACAUUACCGCCACCCUUGAACUGUUCUUACUCGGAUCAUUUUGCAUAUAGUACAGAAUUGCUAAUAGCUCUGAAAGCUGAUUAUCAUUAUAAUGAAAAUUCUGAGAACAACAAUGAAAAAUUAAAGGUUUAUCAAGAACUUCUUGAAGAAAUUGGACGUUAUCAGAAGUAUACCAUACCUUUUCAAGCGAAUUGGAGAAAAAUACAUUUUGUUUUAUCCAUUAUAGCCGUAAUUGCUAUUCACAUAGGAAUAGCAUUUGCAGCAGAGAAAAAGGCAUGGUCAUCGGUCUUACUACUUUUCUUAAGUACGGUAAUUGGAAUGACAGGAGUCAUCAAUGGAAUGAUUUGGUAUUUUGGAGUAAGAUCUGAACUGAGAGCUUUACAAGAAGUGGAAAUGGAAGUCGAAGAUGUAUAUGCAUCGAUUAAAGAUGCAUAA